AUGGUGAAUCUUGGAAAGAAUACCAUUGUUGUAUUUGGAACAAUAACUCUUAACUCUGGAAAUGCUUAUGACGCUACCACAGGUAUAUUCACAGCACCUGAUGAUGGUAUCUAUUCAUUCACUUGGACAAUUCUUACAAUGAGCGGUAAAUAUUUUAAAACAAGGAUUGUUCUCAGUGAUAACAGUAUUGGUUAUAAUCAUGUUGACGGCGUGUCAGGCAGUUCUAACUGGGAAUCCGGAACUUCAUCAGCCUUUAUAAAAAUGAAGAAGAAUGAUAAGGUCUGGAUAACAACCUUUGGUGAAGGGAAAUGUGCUUAUCAAGAAUAUUCUUCAUUUUCAGGAUUUGGAUUGUAA